UCUCCAACAGCUCCAUCUCUGGCAGGUGGUGUUCGAGAGCAGACUAAUGUUUAGGAAGGUAGCUAGAUACUUAAAGGAAAUCAAUUUACCUUGGUUCACAUUUUUGCGUGAUGUGCCAAUAUUUUUGCCGGACGACAGGUUUGGGUGAGAUGGACGUCGGGUUUCCGCUUUAGCCAGCCACUUUCUUUUCAAAUCACACAGUGCUGCAUUGAGUGAGACGGAUGUGUGGUGAAUUACGGGUGCUAUUUAUGCUUGCAUUGAGAAAAAAGAUACAUAUCGAUAGUUUCUUCUCGCACCGAAAACCUUGAAUCAAUAACGUUACCACAUAACUACUGUAAAGGCAAGUGCUCCAAUAUGUUCCUCGUAUGAUUCCUUUUACUUAAUCCACUAGUGCUGUACAUCCAUAGCAGUUUUUUUUUUUUGAAGUGGUCUUGCCUUUUUGUUUUGAUUUGGAGACUCAAUGCGGAGCCAUAUCACGACGAAGCACGUCUGUGAGACGUUUGGGAUAAAAUAAUGAGGCAACGUUUUUAUGAAGAUAGAGAAAAUAUAGAGGCCUCGUCCUUUGAGGGCCCAAAUCUGGGUGGAAAAAUGAGCUAAGGAGCAGCAUGAAUAAAAUCCCGGGAUAGAAUGGGAACAAACGAGACUAGCAGCAUAGACAAUGAAUCAAUGACGGCGAUUUUGGCAAGUUUAAAGUCGCCUAGAACAAAAAUAAGUAGCCUUCCUUACUGGUGAAGUAUUACGACGGAUUCCCUCCACACAAUAUAUGAGGGAUACCGCUCUGCAAUCAACCCUCUUAUUUUCCUGCAAUUCCUUUUCCAUUUGAUCAAUUAAUUUCCCAUUUAUUUUUUAUUAUAUACAACAACAAAAAAAAUCUGGAUCAAGCUCUGACUUUGUUCAAUGGAAGUAUGUUAUCAGCUGCCGGUUUUGCCUCUAGACAGGCCGGUUCCUAAGCAUGUCCUCAGCCGGAGAGGAGCCAUCAGUUUCAGCUCCAGCUCGUCUCUCUUCGGCGCUCCUGAUCCAAGACAGCUGUCACAGAGACGAGGGGCCAUCUCAUAUGACAGCUCAGAUCAGACUGCUCUGUACAUUCGUAUGCUCGGGGCUUGUGUUAUAUUCAAACAGCUGUUCCCAAGAGAUGUUCGAGUGAGAAGUCAGGUAGGAUUUGAACCAGAAGGAAGAGGUUCCUACCCGUACCUGUGCAUCGACUUCCGGACCCUACACUCCUGCUCAGACUCCACCUCCACCUCCGCCUCUAGUCUUAUCGCUGGUCCUGGCUUCAUUUCGGCUGGGCCAGUGUCUGGUAGGAGGCUCCGCAGACUGCUCAGCUUCCAGAGAUACCUGCACUCGUCCCGUCUGCUCUGGGGAACAACCCACCUCAACCCCCUCCACAUCCUGGACGAGGACUACAUCGGACAGGCCAAGUGUAUGCUGGAAAGGGUCGGGAGCUGGAAUUUCGACAUUUUCCUCUUCGACAGAUUAACGAAUGGAAACAGCCUGGUGACGAUGACCUUCCACCUCCUGAACCAGUAUGGUCUGCUGGAGCUGUUUCAGCUGGACAUGGUGAAGCUGUGGCACUUCCUGGUCAUGGUGCAGGAGGACUACCGUAGCCUCAACCCCUACCACAAUGCUGUGCACGCCGCUGACGUCACGCAGGCCAUGUACUGCUACCUGCGAGAACCCAAGCUGGCCAAGUCCCUGACGUCCUGUGACAUCCUCCUGGGCCUGCUAGCAGCCGCCACUCAUGACCUGGACCACCCGGGAGUCAACCAGCCCUUCCUCAUCAAGACCAACCACUACCUGGCCAAGCUCUACAGGAAUUCCUCUGUUCUGGAGAACCACCACUGGAGGUCUGCAGUAGGUCUGCUCAGAGAGACUGGCCUGUUCUCCCACCUGCCUGCUGAGGAAGGGCUGAAGAUGGAGCGCCAGCUGGGUUCUCUGAUCCUGGCCACUGACAUCAGCAGACAGAACGAGUACCUGGGAAAGUUCAGAACACACCUGAACCAGGAUGACCUGUGCCUGAGCAACGCCAGCCACCGACACUUCAUCCUCCAGAUGGCUCUGAAGUGUGCGGACAUCUGCAACCCCUGCAGACCCUGGGAGCUGAGCAAACAGUGGAGCGAGAAAGUGACUGAAGAGUUUUUCCACCAAGGAGACAUUGAGAAGAAGCACAAACUUGAAGUCAGUCCACUGUGUGAUAGCCAGAGCAACUCAAUGGGAAACAUUCAGAUAGGUUUCAUGACGUACGUGGUGGAGCCUCUGUUUGCCGAGUGGGGACGGUUCUCUGACACACGUCUGUCCCAGACCAUGCUAGGCCACCUGGGGCUGAACAAGGCCAGCUGGGGUGGGUUAGUACAGCAGGAGGGGUCCUCUAGCCCUGAGGAGCUGGAACCUAGCAGCCCUGCCUCCAUCACCAUGCCAACGCCCGCCGUCACCCAGUCAGAACCAGAGUCUGCCUCUGCCGCGGAACCCAUAGCCUUCACCACGGCAACAGCCACGGGAGAAGCCAACUCCAAAGAAAUACCUUGGGGAAGCAAAGAAUCCUGACACUCCACGUUUGCCCUUAGAACCCCGACCUAUGACCCCUGGCCUCGCCACACACUGGGUAGUGGGUGGGACAGGUAGGAGGGACGGGGUGUGGACUUCAACCCCUCCUCCCUCCACCUGAACCUUAAGUUUGUUGCUUUUGCAUCCCGUCUUUGACAGACCACUGAUUUUAUUUAAUUUUUAAUUCCUUUCCUUGACAUGGAGCAACACCUAGAUACCUCAUUUGGCUACUGCUGUAUUUGUUAUUCUUAUUAACUUGUUUAUUUAUUUGUCCUCUAGUUUUGGCCUUACUAAUUUGACACACUACUAUUUUGGUGGCAAAGUGAAUCUAAGGGAAUGACAGUAACUGAAGAAUACACUUUUCUGGUUUAAGUGCCAUUUUCAAACAGUUCUAUAAGAUGCUUUGAAAGUGAUUUGAAACACAUUGAGUAUUGAGAAGAGGCUCUCUAAAGACAGCUCAGAGAUGCUGUGAGGUGUGUUGAUGCAUUUGUAAUGAAUCUUAUUCCUCAUGUAAAACAUUUUUGGGAUAAUGUGACAAGCCCAGUUCUUUUGCUGCCUCUGACUGUUUACAGACAUCUCUUUGUUUGUCAUUGUUGUCCUUUCUAAAUGAAUCAUUUCGAUUCCGCGAUAUGCCUUCUAAGCACAGAUGCGAAGAACCAUUAGCGUUUGAACUGCCGCCCCACUGCUGAAGUCGAGCACAAAGCCUCCGUCUGACAGUCGGACAGUCACACACCAGAUGCCAUAAAGAAAACACCACCUGUUUUCUAUUGUAUUCCUCUCCUCCUUGCACUCCCAAAAGACUGAAAUGUUGGACACAGCUUUUGUUCUGAAAGAAUUUGGGACAGACAGAAUGGCAUUCUACGGUAUUCUAGAUUGUACAAUGGAACCAAUAUGAAAAAGCAGUGUUGUGGACUGUGCCUGUAGAGCACCUCUUUCGGUCACCCUGGACCAGUCACUCAGUCAUAGCACACGCAUCUCAUCUAAAAACUCCAUCACAAUGCAACUAGCUCAGGGUUUUGCCAAUCUCUAUCCCGAGGUAGAGGGUGGACUGUAGGAGGGAAGUUUCCUGAUGUGGUUUAGCUACCUGGUAAACAUGUUUACUUCUACUGAAUGGGACGCUCGCUCUCUCUGAAUGUCUCUAAUCAUCAUAGCCACAUGCAACCUAGAGGACUGCUCUACCGAUGCCUUUCAACUAUGCACAGAUUACGCUAAGUGACCAAACCAGCUCCUACUACUAUUAGUUCUACUACUCAUUAAGUGCAUCGUGUGCUUGUCCUCCUUAAUGCACUGUCUGAUCCCCAUUUGCCUUUUGUUGUGAGGGAAAACCCAACCCUUUUUUAUAUAUGGAAUACAAAAGGGAUGAGUGACUAUGAACAUUCUAAUUUUGGGGGUUCUCUUUUGAUUCUGUACAGACAGCAGAUGUUUUGAACAAUAACAGGUGCUGUUUUAUUUUAGCUGAUUUGUAAUUUCGCUGUAAGUGCUUUAAGACUGUUGAUAAAACUGUUUACAAUUUUUUGCGACAGCCAUUUUGGGAAGAGGACUUCAGUAUCAAGCCAUUUUGUAAAGUCUUUGCCGUAUUGACCUUUUGAUACAUGCCUGUUACAUUUUGAUUAAUAAAACCAGUUGACAAA